UCUGUGCGAUCACUUGCAAACAAGUUUUCCCGGCAUUUUCGACAUAUUCAGGAGAUUUUCGAAUAAUUAUUACAUAGUAGGCAAUGAAUUUCACACGGACUAAUUGCUCGCCCCUGAGUAAAAAUCCGGUGGUGCAGCGCAGCCUGGACUUGCGAUUGCAGGGCGCCCAAGCGUGGCAUUACCUCAAGUGGUGCUACAUAAAUGUGGUGCUGCUGUCGCUGCUUCUAUUCGACCUCUGGCAGGCAUGUCGGUCCGACUACAGGACCUACUGGUUCCUGGCGGAGUGCACCAUUACGACCCUGAUUGGCCUAAGUGCGCUCGCCUGCUUCGGCAAGUAUUUGUGGUUAUGGUUUGGUGGUGACCAAGUUAUGGGUAGCGAUAUCCAAAAGUGGCUGCUUGACGGCAAUGCAGAGAACUCUUUUCGGACAGUUUGCUCCCGAUCCGUGAUGAAACCACGCAGCUACGAACUGGAUAGCGAUAUAGAUGACGACAUACCCAUCAUAAACUGGCACUCCUCCUUCGAGGACUCGUGCUGGGGCUCGCAAUCCAUGCGCCGCAGUCCAAGUCCCACAAGGACGCCGCAGCAGACGAAGCAAAACACCUCUUACAACUCCUCGAUGGUGCGAAACAACUCGCUGAAUGCCAGCAAUUUGAGCAACGAGUCUACCUACAAGUCCCCGUAUGUGGAGGUGCGACGCGAUGACUUCAUGACCGAUACUCGAAAGUUGACCAGUCUAAUGAAGCAGGCGGAUCGGGAGCGCAGCAUGGUGGACAGCUCGGAUACACCCAAUGUGCAGACCAUGGGAUCGGCCAACUCCUUUUGGAACUACUGCAACAACGCGGCCUAUAUGCUCAAGACCACCAUCUAUCAACUGUCGCCCCCUCCGGCUGUUUCUACGGAAAAUGCUCCCACCUCGAUUGAGGAGUUUGGCGGCAUUCAGUUUAGGGACAGCAAUUCGGAGGUCAUCAAGCGCAUAUCCACGGACAAACUGUCGCAAUAUGUGGCCAACCUCAGAUUUUGGAUUUCUACUACCAUACUGCAGCGUUUGGUCAAAGAGAUCAAUUAUGUGGACGAUGUUUUCCGCCAGCGAGCUCUGAUUGACAUUAAAAUUGGAUCUGUAAGUCUAGAGCGAUUACGCAAAACAGCCGAGAACCAGCAGUUCGUGCAGACGUGUGCGCCCAUGUUGCCCAUGCUCUUACCUUUCCUGGACACCUUUAGCAACCAGGAAUACCUGGUGCAGCGCAUCAAGCAGCUUGCGCAGGGUUCUUGCAUAGCUGACUACCGCUGGUACUCGGGCAAAACACACAACGGCCCGCAGCGGGACGAGCAUUUGCCCACCGAUGCAGCUAUAAUAUUCCAUUUGUUUUGCGUGUACUUGGAUAGCCAGUUGAUGCCGUUGCCGCAGGGCGGCGGACGACCCUUCCACUCCCGUUACGUGUUAAUUCGCGACGAGAAAAGCUCAACCAAGGACGUGGUGAACGCAGUUCACAACAAGGCCCACUGCGCCAUUCUGAGUACCGGCAACCUACUUAACCCCAAAUUUAACUUCAUCAGUGACAAGGAACUACACAACUGCGUCUACGAUAGGAAUAACCUGUUCUACGUUAUCAUACAGUUCCUUAUUUAUAUGCGACAGCACCAGGAUUCCGCUCUGGAGUGCGUAAAUCUUGGCAAGAGUGGCAUCAACAUAAUGUGCGUGAUCGAAGACUGAACUGUGCAGCUAAUCGGCCGUGGCUAUGACUUUAAACCCAACCCCUAAUCACUCGUUACUUCUAAGCAUCAUCCUUUGUGACUCGACUAUCGUUUGGUGCUUGGGCAAUCCUCAUCAUUCGUUACUAUUAAAUUAUGCAUUUGUAAUUAUUAAGCCAA